AUGUUAGAAUUCACAGUUGGUGAUCACGUGUUCCUGAAGGUGUCGCUAACCAAGGGGGUAAUAUGGUUUGGGCUUCGAGGAAAGCUGAAUCCGUGUUACAUUGGACCUUUUGAAAUACUCGAACGAGUCAACAACGUGGCGUACCGAGUAGCAUUACCGCCUUCUCUUGCUGGGGUGCAUAAUGUGUUCCAUGUGUCGAUGCUCCGAAAGUAUGUUCAAGAUCCAAAACACGUCAUCGACUAUUCUCCAAUUCAGCUGAGAGAUGACCUAUCAUACGAGGAGCAGCCUAUCCGGAUCUUGGAUCGAAGGGAAAAGGUUUUGCGAAAAAGGACGGUUCAGCUGGUACGUGUGCUGUGGAGGCAUCACGCAGAGAAUGAGGCGACGUGGGAGCCGAAAGAGGAGAUACGGAGCAAAUAUCCUUAG